UUGAUACAAGUUGUGGCUAGAAAACUUAACGGUAAGCUAACAGUGGCUAAUAAGACGCAGUUAGCUAGUCAGGACUUGUUGCAGCUCCAUUAUUGUACAGCACUGUUAUUCAUGUUAUCAGAUAGAGUUGCCUAUUUUAGCAUCACCCACUUGACCAUAUAACGGUUUGCUAGUAUGUAAGCUAGUUAAUUAGCCAUUAGCCAAGCCCCCAUCCUCCCUGUAAUAUGAACCGUGUCCCAGCACCCAUAUGGGCACCGCUAAAUUGAGCUAGUCGUGGUUAAAACUGGCUUCAGUAACGAUAGCUAACGGUGCAGUGCUGCUUGACUGGAAGUUCAGCUUUUCACCUGUUGCAUCCUCAGCUGGAGGUCAGACUCCUGCUCCCAAGCAUAAGUUAACUGAGAAGUGACUGUUUCUUUUUUAGGUUGUUAGUUCUGCCAGAUAUCUGCAUGAUGCCCAAAUCUGUUCAUUAAGCAAGGUUUAAAUAAAACAAAUAAAAUGUAUAUAUUAGGUAUAAACAUAGCCAUGGUAAGGUAUCUGUAAAAUACCACUUCAUGUAUCCAGUCACAUUGUUUAUUGGUUGGACUCUACACAGGCAGCUAUCACCAUAAAUUUCUUUGCUUCUCGCUGCAAAGAGAUAAUUUCUUGAGGCUUCCUUUCUCCAUUCAUAGCAAAAUAUCAUGAGAUUUGUUUUGUGUGUGUGCUUCCUUUCCUAAAGCUAUUUCAAGCUUUUUUUCCCCCUGAAUCCUUCUACUAACAGUGAGAGGGGAUACUUUAAUCAUCACUUGUGGUUUCACCAUAGCAACACAGCAUUUUUUGUUAGUGCAUUCAUCUAAAACAUUCAUACAUGACACUUUUUCCAUUUUUCUCACAUCCUCUACUGUCUCAUCUUCCCAGUGACCUGUGACCUGGUGUGAUAAUUGCAUGCUGCAUGUCUGAUAUCCAUCCCAUCACCCACCUGCGCUUCCUCUCAGUUCUGAUGCAUGGCUCUUCCUUAGAAGCGAAUGUGUCUUGCCUCUCCUUGCAUGUUGUGCUGUGAAUGAGGCAUCAUGAGGAAAGACAGGGAUAACCCUCUGGCACUGUCAUCCAAGAAACCGUGCCAGAGCCGGACUGACUAUGGACGAGAGCUCGAGAGGCUGCGUGCUGAUUUGGAAGCGGAGAAGGACCGAACACAGCAGGCCCACGGUGAACUCUGUGUGGAGCUAAGGCGCCUGCGAGAAGAAGCGGAGAGGGAACAGCAGAGGGCUGUGAGGGAGCUGAGGGCAAGGCGUGGGUACCAAAAGGACAGGCAUGGGCAACUGCUGGCUAACGAGGUGAACAUUAAAGACGCUGGACGACGCAGUAAGGUUGAGUCCGCAGGGAAAGAAGCUUUUUGUUUGUGUAGUGGAGAAACGUAUAAAAAGCUGGAGCAGUUACUGCUGACGCUGUAUGAGAAAAUAAAUGGUGAGCAGGCAUUCUAUAAAUUGCAUCACAGGCAGGAAUUUGAGCUAGAAAAGGCCAUCUUCCUCUGCCACCUGCUAGAGGCCCAUAGAAGACUGUUGCAGGAGAAGCAGAGAGGAGGACGCCACGGCUUCAUUUUGAAAAGUCUCUCAAGAAAGCCAGCUCAGGAAGUCAGUGAUAACUCCUGUCAGACACUUCAGAAAUCUCAGAGUGCCUCCCACUCAUCCAAGAAGAAAACCAAACAAGAUCAGCAAAAGCAGUCUUCAGGCAGGGACUUGCGUGCAGCUGACCCCUGCACCACCACUGCAGUCGUGGACACCUGUUGGAGCAGCUCUCUGAAUAUUUGUCACCCUCACAACACUCCCCAUGCAGGCUGGGACAACCAGCCCCCCAGCUGCACUGAGUCCUCUGGGUCAGAUGAGCCAUCGCCCUCCAAAUGCAUGGACAGAAACAUGGAGAGAGUGAUGUAUGACCUGUGCACUCGGCCUGAGCAGCCCGAGCCUGCACCGGCACACGCAAGGAUGGAGAGCCGUGACGAGGUGGACACUAAUGGACGACAACAGCAGGAGUUUAGGAGGUUGGAAGAGCAGGUUAAUACGCAGCAUGAGCUCUCGGACAAGGCAGUCCCAGCCACGGCUACUGUCACUUCAACAUCAUUGUUAGGAAAGAGGCACCACUCACUAUAUGCAAACCUCAAUGGGUUUGAAGUGGAAGGGAUACAUAAGAAUGGUACUGACUAUGGGUUCCUGGUACGGCAGAACUCUGAACUCUUGCGAGCCCUCGAUGAGCUGGAGAAGACUUGUACCACACUGAGGGAAGAAAAUGGCCUGCUGCGGAAGAGCAGUGCCCCAGAGACGGAGGAGAAGGUCAGGCGGCUGAGGAGAAAGAACACAGAGCUGGCUGUUCUUGCUAAGAGGCUGGAAGAGAGAGCUCGAAAGCUGCAGGAGGCCAACCUCAAAGUGGUGAAUUCCCCGUCACUGAUGAGACCCGGGUCAGUGGAACAGUACAAGAGGGCGUUUGCCCGUCAGCGAGCUCGUGACCUCGCCCAGCACGCUGAUGCACUGUUGUCUAAGGACAAAGAGAUCGCUGCCCUACAGCAGGAGUGCAGAGAGCUGGAGGCAAGGCUGGGCUCCACCAAGGGCUCCCCUCCUCCAUCUGGCAGAGUGGAAUUUGAGAAGCUUCUCAGGGAGUCUCAGAGGGAGGUGCUGCGGCUCCAGAGGCAGCUGUCUGUCACAUCAUCCACACAACAGCACAACCACAGUCCCGACCCCAGUGGCCCUCCGAAGUUGGGGGGAAAUGAGAAGGAGGAGGGGGAAGAGAAGGUUGUAGGAGAGACCCCGUGUGUGGCAUUAGAUGAAGCUCCAUCCAGGUGUGAGAAGACUCCCGGAGAGGAGGAGGAGUCAGGGCUGCGAGUGACGCCCCCACCGGGCCUCAGCCUGACCCCCUCCCAUCAGGAGGAACACACAGAGGAGCAGCGCCUACAGUUUCUGGAAAGUGAGCUGAGCAAGAAGAGAAAAGAAUGUGAAAACCUUGAGCAUGAAGUAAAGAAGCGACAGAAGAGAUGUCUGGAUUUGGAGAGCCAGCUUGAGGAUGAGCGAUGCAAAAAUGAGCAACUAAAGGAGGAGGCAGAUCUCCUCAGGAGGAAGGCACAGCUGCUCGACCAGACUCGGGCUGAGAAUGAGGAGCUGAGGGAAGAUCUCUCUGAAGUGACCGCUCAACACAAUUCAGUUCUCGAGGAGAACCAGAGACUCCGUGCCAAACUGGAGAACCUAGAGCAGGUCCUAAAGCAUAUGCGUGAGGUCGCCGAGCGAAGGCAGCAGCUGGAAUUGGAACAUGAGCAGGCACUGGCUAUCCUUAAGUUCAAACAGGAUGAAAUCAAGCGGUUACAGCGGGCUCAGUUAUUCGCCAAGAGGGAGCAUGAGGGAGUGGUUCAGAUGCUGGAGGAUUUGACCCAGCUUGUGUUGCAGAGGGAGCUGUCAAAGGUGCGAGAGCUGGAGGAGAAAUGUCGCAGCCAGAGCGAGCAGUUCGGCUUGCUGUCCCAAGAGUUGGAGAAGUUUCGACUGCAGGCCUCCAAGGUGGACCUGGCCGGCUCUAGCCUCCUCAACAACCCCAGCCUCUCUGUUCUGACCAAUGGGGUGGGCCUGACUACAGAGCGAGACUGCACAGGUGGCUCAUGGGAUAUGGUGUCCCUGGGUGAAAUAGCCUUCUGGAGUCUCGAGGGAGGUGACACUCUCUCCUGCCCUGAGGGUAAUGAUCCACUCGAUGUGGCCGCUGCACUGCGAAUGGGGGCCACCCCCCAUGCUGCAGGGUUAUCCAGGGUGGAGCGCUCGCCUGUCACCAAGCACCGAGAGCUGCCCACCAUCAGCGUCAGCAAGUCAGGCUCUUCUUCCAGCAAGUCAGAGACCACACACCUCACCCCAAAGUCUGACACCCACCUCAGUCCACACAAAUCAAGCCCAACACAUGAGGUGGAUACCGCCAGUGAAGUAGAGGAGUUAGACAUUGACGUGGCCCCGGCACCUUACACAGCCAGCAGAGGAGCAGCAAAGCUUCAGGUUUUCAUUGCAAGAUAUAGCUAUAAUCCUUAUGAUGGUCCAAACGACAACCCUGAAGUGGAGCUUCCACUCACUGCUGGAGAAUAUAUCUAUGUGUAUGGAGAUAUGGAUGAUGAUGGCUUCUAUGAAGGUGAGCUGAUGGACGGACGGAGAGGGCUGGUCCCCUCAAACUUUGUGGAACGUGUAUCGGACGAUGACGUCAUGAGCACUCACCAUCCAGAGACAGGGGACAUGUCCCAUAACUCCCUACUAGACAGCAGCCUGCACAGUGCCAGCCACCAGCAUCACCUCCACAUGGGCGUCAGCGCCUCAGAAAGGACAGAGGCCUCUGCUGCCUCUGGCCCUGCCUCAGCCCCUUCAGAUUCAGCAUCGGCCUUGGCUGUCCCAGCCCCCCUCACCAACGGCCUGGACUUGGAUUUGGAGGAGGUGGGAGUGGACAUUGUGCCUUACCCACGUAAGCUCACCCUCAUCAAGCAGCUUGCCAAGAGCAUCAUCAUUGGCUGGGAUCCUCCGCUGGUGCCGGCUGGGUGGGGCAAUGUGUGGAGCUAUAAUGUGUACGUGGACCAGGAGCUACGGUUGAAUGUGCCCUUCGGUGCCCAGACCAAAGCGGUGCUGGAGCGGCUAGACAUAAACCUCAAGGCCUACCGUGUUUCAGUGCAGAGCCUGACAGAGAAGGGCCUCUCAGACCAGCUGCGCUGCAGCAUGCUGGUCGGUCGGGAUGUUUGUGUGGCACCCACGCAGCUGCGUGUGGAGAGGAUCACCGCCACCUCUGCCAACCUGACCUGGCUGCCCAGCAACAGUAACUAUGUGCACAUUGUGUCCUUGAAUGAGGAGGAGUGUGAGCUGGUGAAGGCUGGCUGCUACUCGCUGUGCCUCAAUAACCUCUUGCCCAGCCUGCAGUACACAGUCAAAGUGGAGGCACGGCCGCACCGCACACCAUGGGAGUUACCUGUGGAGCGACGUGAACACCGAAGCACUACAAUCACCUUCACCACACUGAUGGCAGGUCCCCCUGAUGCUCCUCUGGAUGUACAGCUGGAGCACGGCCCCUCUCCAGGGAUUGCCCUCAUCAGCUGGCUGCCAGUCACUAUAGAUGCUGCCGGGACCUCCAACGGAGUCCGUGUGACUGGAUACACGAUAUAUGCUGACAAGAAAAAGGUGCUGGAGGUGUCUUCCCCAACAGCUGGCAGUGCCCUGCUGGGCCCCUCUCAGAUCCAGUCCCUGCAGGCAGCUCAGGAGCUCACUGUCCGCACCAUGUCAGCUCACGGGGAGUCCUGUGACUCUUUGCCAGUCAAUGUGCCCUCCAAGCUGGCUGCCAUCAUGGCAGGCCCGGCUAUCACCGCCCCAGUUGUGCCACCCCCCCUCCCCUGCGCCCCAGUAGGUCCCAGUAGCCUGCCCUCACCGCCAUCUUACAUGAACUCUGCUGCCAAAGUCUCCAUGCUGCCCAGCACUUUGCCAUCAGACGCACACAACACUGGCCUCACAGUGGAGCCUGCUGCCAACCCUCCUCAUGUUCUCCUCUCAGAAGAUCUUCUCUUAUCUGCCUCAUAUGUGAAGGCAUGGGCCAACCCCUCAUCCGCUGCUGCCUUGGCUGUGUGUGGGGCCUCAUUACCAGAACCCCCUGCCAUCAAUCCAGUGGUUAAUGUGACCUCCCCCACCACUUCAGCACCUCAGCCAUCUCCAAUAGCAGCACCAGCAUCUGCACAGGCACCAGUAUCGGCAGCAACAGCAGUGUUGGAGCAGCGCAGAGACACCGACAGCCCCGGAACGAUACGUCCUUUCCCGUCCAUCACAGAGUUCAUCGAGGACCCCAGUGCCAAGCUCGGAACCCCUGAGCGCAUCCCCACCCCACCGAAAGCCCCAAUCGCGGACCUCCUUAACCCUCAGGACAUUAACCUCCUCCGACCCCCCAGCACUUCACCUCUGGAGUCGGAGGUGGAGGAUGAACAAGAGAACACCCGCCUGGUGUCCAUCGAAGAGUUCUUGAGACAGGACCAAGAGCCAGCGUACAGCAGGAGGCAGCAGAGUUAUGGCAGAGGGCUUGUGGAGCCCCAGAGUGACUACCAUGCAGACAACAGCCGAUCAGACUUGUCUGACAUCCUGGAGGAGGAAGAGGAGGACCUCUACUCAGACCACCUUGGAGAACCACAGGCCAGGGGAUACACAGUCGGAGCUAACAGGUCAUGCAAGUUGGAGCCUCCAGACAGUGAUGAGGAGGUUCUUGAGAGGAUCCUUAAGUUGCCCCCUCAGGUCUACCACAGCAAGCAGCUGUUCAGUAUUCCUGAGGUCACAGAGGAGGAGGACAGCGGUCAAGAAGAGCCUUUAACCCACCACAGCCACUCUCGGACCAGGCCCAGCCACCUUCACCCCAGGGACUCAGAACGCCUCCAUCAUCUCCCCCAGCAUCACCAACAUCACCCCAACCCACACUUACACGUUCCCCCUCACCAUCACCACUUCAACAGGGAUCCCAGAUCCCUAACCAAAGAGCCUUUACCCAGACAUGGACCCCUGCAGGUCAAGCCUAAGACACAGCAUAGGGUGCACUACGCAGACACAGUGGACACCAUCAGUUAUCCUGAAGAGGAAGAUGUGAAUUUAUAUGAGGGUCCCAUCAGCAGGCGGGUCUCAGCCCGCUGUCCUCCCCAUUCGACCCCCAACAGCAGAGAGAGAGUACUGCUCAGAGGGCUAGGGGACCGCCUUAGGAGGGAGGCCAUGCUGAGGAGUCAGAUGGCUGUCACCACAGCAGCCAACCUCAGCCAUGGCCCUACCCCGCCAAGACCCUACCCAGUCAGCAAAACAGUACGGACUCUGAGGUCACCUGUUGGUCGUGGGGUAGAGAUCGACGUGGAGUACGGCACCGAUGAUAAUGAGGAGCACGUGGGUUAUGGCCCUGGGGAGUUGGUGGUGGAGCAGAUGAGCUCUGAGUGGUGGGUGGAGGGGGCUCAGAUGGAGCACUGUGGGCCUCUUCACCGCCGAGGGAUGAGGGUUGAUCCACUGGAGCCUGGUCAAAUCCCUCCAGCUGAAGCAGGUUCAUCGUGGGGAGGGCAGGCUGAGCCCUCUUCUAAACCAGUGUGCUUGCAGGCCAGGCAACUCAAAGGUGGUGUUGAUUCACCAAAAAUCAAAGGAGAAAGUGAUAUACGCAUCUUUGUGGCCCUCUUCCCUUAUGAUCCCGCCACCAUGUCACCCAAUCCUGAUGCUGCUGAGGAGGAGCUGCCCUUCAGUGAAGGACAGAUCAUCAAAGUUUACGGAGAUAAAGACGCAGAUGGGUUCUACCAAGGGGAGUCGUGUGGUCGUUUGGGCUACGUGCCAUGUAACAUGGUGUCUGAGAUCCAGGUGGAGGAUGAGGAGACCCGGCAGCAGCUACUGCAGCAGGGCUUCUUGUCCACAGCGGCCUCAAUGGAGAAGAUAGGCACUCGCACACACGCACAGCUUCCACGUCGCCCUGUUCCACCGCCGAAACCGAGACGAUCCAAGAAAGUGGAGUCUGCAGCACUCUGGGAGGAGAGCGUAGACUCCUCCAGCCAAGAUCCCAGCCAGACUGCUGCUGCAGCAGCUGUGGGGAACCCGGCCCCCGGAGCUCGCAGGAUGGUCGCCAUCUUUGAUUAUGACCCACGAGAAAGCUCCCCCAACACUGACAUAGAGGCUGAGCUGACCUUCAGUGCAGGAGACAUCAUACAUGUGUUUGGUGACAUGGAUGAAGAUGGUUUCUUCUACGGAGAUUUGAAUGGACACAGAGGCUUAGUCCCCUCCAACUUCCUGCAGGCCUUACCAGACGAUGCUCCAGCAGAGUUAGUCUCUGCUCAGCCUGCACCAGAACCCAAGAAAGAAUCACAGGAUACUGGGCCGUCCUCUGCAGAGCAACCAGAUCCAGGACACUCAACACCAGAAGAAUCUUUGCACGCCCAAACAGAACCUCCUGUCCCUGACCUAACAGAGCACACAGACCUAUCACCCGAACCGGCACCCACUGCAAGCCCCACCUCAGACCCGGACCCUGCUCCAGGUCCAGCUGUUGCUCUAGCUGCAGCGGAGGCCUGCUUCUCCCCUCCAGCCCCUCUUCCAGCAGACAGCCUGACACAGACAGACUGCUCUGCACAAGGCAAGAAGAAGAAAGGCUUUUUCUCCAAAGGCAAGAAGCUGUUCAAAAAGCUGGGAUCCAGCAAGAAAGAAUGAGUCAGGACAUCUGACUCAGGAUAGUUGCGUCACAUUGAAAGCACUUUUUCUUUCUUCACUGUUAGUCUCAGUUGGUAGUUGGUGUGGUCAGUGGCUAUCAGAUCUAAUAACUGAUGAUUUAACCAUUAGUAAUUAUACAUUUGCCUUAGAGCACUGCUAGAGCAGCUGUUAAAUAUAGAGUACUCUCAAACAUCAACAUACAGCUUACAGUGUCAAAGGAGCAUGUAGAGGUGCAUGUUGAAGUGUGCAGACUCACAAAUAUAUUCUCUAGAUUCUUCCUGAAUAUCUCAGCAUUUGCAGAUUUUCCACUCAUUAGAGGCUUUAAUGCUUGAUAUAAAACAAUGAGUCUGAUACAAAAUGAUGUUGAACAGCAGCUCCAGACUUCAGUCCAACUCAGACACAGCUAAUUAGAUAUUAGCUUUAUAGCUCGUGUACUGGUGCCACUUUAUUUAUUUGAAGCAAACGAAUAGAAGCUGCAGUCUAUCUCUUCUGUGUGACUAUAAAGAAUGCACUACCCAUCCUGAAUGGAUGUAUUUUAAAUAUGUCUGCUAGUCCCUCACAUGUGUUUCUUGUCUUUAUGAGUAUUUAUACAGUGCUUUGUACAGAAUAAGUUAUUUAUUUGUAUCAGACUCUUGCCCCAGUCAUCACCACAUUGCAUGACGUGACACCAGGGCAGGAGGUUAGUCAUACACAGCUGUCAGAGACAGUGACGAUCCACUUUGAUAUGUGUAGUUUAGAUCUAAUUCAUUUGGGGGUCAUGACUGUUUGUUGAAGUGGAACAUAGUGUUAAAUGGAAAGAAUGCAGAGGGUGUGUGUGUGUGUGUAUAGAUGAAGCUGCCCAGUCCACUGGUGAGACUGAAAACAGAUGCCUUUCUCAGACAUUUACACGGGAAUUCAUAAUGUUUGUGACCACAGUUACAACUGGCCUAAAUGUUGCAUACCACUUUUUUUCUGUGUGUGUGUGUGUGUGUGUGAGAGAGAGAGAGAGAGAGAGAGAGAGAAAGAGAGAGAGAGAGACCUGUUGUGUUUGCAGAAUGAUGUAGUAUCAGGUGAUAAGUAGGCUGCUCUGUUCGAUUAAAGGGCUGCUACUAAUCGAUUAAUCUUUCAGUCUAAAAAAAAAACAGUGAAGAUGAACUUGAACAUCACAUUUGAACGUAAAAUCCAUCAAAUAUUUGAAAACACAAAACACUGAGUCCUUAAAUAAUUCAUUUUCUUAUCAAAGUUUCUACCAUUUAAUUUUUUCUUGAUCAAUUACAUACAACUCUGACUGCCCAGUCAUCAACAUUAGUGUCCCCUGUUGUCUCCCUGUUCAUUUCCCUGUUCAUUGUGUGCUACAGCUGACAACUGGGCCCCACUAACACCCCGACCCUGCCCCAAAAUAGUAUUUUUUUUGUCUGAACAAAAAAAAAUUGUCAAAGCAAAAAAUAAUAUUGAGCAAUAUUAAUGUCAUAUGAUUGUCACCCCUGUUACUAGUCUUUGUCUUACAUCUGUUUGGGGGUUAUGGAGCCUUCAGUUUCCAUAACUGGAUGGGAGCAUGCCCUCAUCAAGCCCUUGUCACUUGCCACAACAUUCUUUUAACCUGUAUUUGUUUCCCACACACCCCCUGGGGAGGCACCCCUCACAGACUAAUUGAUUAAUCGACCAAUCGUUGCAGCUCUGACAAAUUUAUACUCAGAAAUCACAAUACUGAAAAGAUUCUAGCGUGACUGAAUAUUCAGAUUAGAGCAGUUAGCAGCGUGAUGCUAAACAUACAGUCAGUCAACCUGUGGGAUUAUUCAUGGUUUGAACGUAGCAACAUUAUCUCUGCAUUUAUUACCAACUAACACAAACAACACUUGGUAGAAACACAUUGAAACGGAGCAGUUUUCAGUCAUGGCACUGGUGGUUUGUGGCGCUGCUGUACUGUGAUAGACUCUGCAAUAAGGUGUUUGUGUAUCUUUUCUUUUGCCUCCAUGUUAGGAGUAUAAUGACUUGUGGUGUGUGAAUAUUGGGUCAGACAGGCUAAACAGUGUUCUAACAUCUUUAUCAGCCCAUGCAGUGUAGAUAGUGGUGAUUUGUUUUUUUUGUUUUUUUGUUUCCACACAUUAGCAUCCUAACAUUGUGGACUGUUUAAAGCUAAAUAAUACCAGUUUAGCAAUAUAGCAAAUUGUGCACUGCAGUACUAGAACAAAAGCAGAUUAUCUUUUAAUGCUUUGCGACGGCUUUACUUAAAUGAAGAUGUAGUACAAGUAUUUAGUUUUAAUGUGAAUGUGUGGACCAGGCCUUAGUAUUCAGUCACAAUACAUGCAGUGAUUGUUGGCUCAGACUGAUUGGAUCCUUUAUGUGUGUGUGUGUGUGUGUGUGUGUGUGUGGCACAGGGCUGUUAGGUAACUUCUCAGGUUUUUACUUGUCGUUUCUUAUUCACGCUGAGCCACGCUGUUGACUCUGGCUGUCAAAAACUGCAGAAAAUGCCAAACUCUUAGGUGCUUUGCCUGUUACCAUAGCUACGCAAGACCAAGCUGGAGGGAUGUGUCAGGGUGGGGGUUGAAGCGUGGAUCAGACUUGACCCCGCACAGGUAGACGGAGUUACAAAAGUUGGAGGCAGUUUUUUUUUUUUUCUUUAAUAUCAUGAAUGUUUUAAUUGUUUGUCAGUGUUAAAUAAAGGGAGCAUGAUGAUGCCAAGAAGAUAAGGGAGGGCAGAUUGACGAAAGACACUUUAGAUGUGAUAUAGCCGGGAUAGAGGCAAGACUGAGGCUGUACUGUAACAUUCUGUUUUAUUUAUAUUUUUCUUAUUUUCUUUUAAGGGGAGGAGGGGGGAGUGGAUGCUCAAAAAGUUGCCGAAAUGUACAGCGAAUAUUUGUACUGAUCUUGUCUUUGACGGCCUUUAAAUGCACAAGUAUUCUUCUACCUGCUGUGUAGUGAGUAGGCGGCUCCACUGUUAGGACCUAGACCCACAUAGGUAGUGAUUUAGCUCAGCUGAUCAUAUUUAGCCUUACAAGAAGACCUUGUUUAGUCUUAAUAUGUUGUUUACAGGACGUUUAUUGACUGCAUGCAUACCAAUGUUAUACCCAUGUUCGGCCUUAUUUAUGUUACUGUCAUAUUUCUGUUUUCUAGGCUGACAGUGUCUACAUAUGUGAGUUGUAGAUUGUCGAUGCAGUGGGAAAGAAGCUGUAGGAGCUUUCUGUAUAUAAUGAGCAGUGUUGGGACUUGUGGUAUAUUUUCAUACAGCACGGGGAACUUUUUUUUUUCUUUCCUGCAUUCAUUGUUUGAAACCAGUGGAAGAUUGACCUUUUUAUAUAUUACUGUUUUUAUUAUCCUUUUGGAAGUUCAUCUGUAAAUAUUUUUGUUAAUAUUGUUUUUCAGUUGUUUUCUUUUUCUUUUGCAUGUCCAGGCAGUGUCGAUGGAGGAACAUUAACUGAAGAUGUAGUACACAGAGGACUUGUUGACUUGAAAUUGUGAUGGUUUCUUUCAAUAUGGAUCUUUUUACAGGAAUAAAGUAUGUAUAUUUUCACAGAAAACACUGAGCCUAAAACAAGAUACUUUUUCAUUUUCAUCUUUAUUUCACGUCAUACAGAUUAUACAUCACAUGUACAUGAUUAAAUCUUAUGUUCAAAUUAAAACAGAUAAAAUAUAAAAAGGAGGAAAGAGUUGCGAGCUUUGCUCCGCGCCACACACCGCCCAUGUGAAAUGAUUGGGGCAACACUCUGGGUAAUGCGUAGCCUUGCGAGACAAAGCAGCUUCCUCUUUUUCUGACUUCCUGUUGCGGGCGCCAUGCCGGGCCUCUCCUCUCCCUGAAGCCAACAGUACACUCAUCCAUAAAGUAGGAAACACUACACUGUGGCAAGGAGUUUAGUAGUGCUUUCUACUUUAUGGAUGACUGCACUGUACAUCCACCGCUCUUCUUCCGUCUUCUGUCGUUUUUCCACUUCUCUCUUCUUCUGCACCUGCGCCGGCGUCUGCAGCUGCACACACACACACACACAAACACCAACCCCCCACCCAGACACACACUUGCACACCAAACUGAAACCUCACAGCCCAAUGCACACCCAGCGCUCAAAACAGCCCUCGCUUUUGUCAAACCAGAAAAUGCACACUUCCUGAUUUAUCUUGAAACAUUUGCAUGCAUAGUUCUCCACACAACCUGUUCAAAUUUGAGUGAGGCCCAUUAACAAUCUUUGUUCGAGACUAAAAUCUGUCUCAAACUGUCCCUCAUUGCAGUUUUUGAGGCAAAAGUCAGAACUAAGUCGCCAGAGGAAGCGCUAUCUUGAGGAAGCCAUUUUGGCAGGCAUGAGUAAGCUUUUCUGUCGGAGCAGUAACUUGGUACUUACAAAAGUCAUGUAAAAUAAGUCCAAGAAUAACAGCAGACAUGUAUUAACAGUUCAGAAUUAAAUUGGAACAAAUGCAAAGAUCCAGAAGACAUAUUUAAGGCUUAAAUGAUAACAAUAUUAUAUCAGCAAAACUUUGAGUUUUUAGUUUUAAGUACGAUGUUUUUUCAUUGAAAUUCCAAAUGAACUUCUGAACAGAAGUCACUUGACCAAAAGUUACAUUUUAAAAACAAAAAUACAGUUAAUUAAAGAAAAGUUCUAACAGUGAAUUAUCUGUCACUAUCUGACACAAAAUGCAUCCAGUCGUUUUUACCAUGUCGUCGCAAACCAUUUGAGCAUUAAGUAGACCAAUCCCUCCAUCAUACUUUACCUCAACCUUCAGUUUUUUUUCUCAGUUUUAAGUCGACGAUUGUCCGGCAGCCUCACAGGUGUCUUCUCUCUGUCCAAGGAGUGGAUGAAGAAGAAGAAGAAGGAGCUGUCUCCUUUUGAACCCUCCUCAACCACGUGAUGUAACCA